CUCGCAUCUGCAAUCAUGGGAAAGUGUCGUGGUCUGCGCACAGCCAGAAAGCUCAGAAAUCACCGCCGUGAGCAGAAAUGGCACGAUAAACAGUACAAGAAGGCCCAUCUGGGCACAGCCCUGAAGGCCAAUCCCUUCGGUGGAGCCUCCCACGCCAAGGGCAUCGUUCUUGAGAAAGUUGGUGUUGAGGCUAAGCAGCCCAACUCUGCCAUCAGAAAGUGUGUGAGAGUUCAGCUCAUCAAGAACGGCAAGAAGAUCACCGCCUUCGUCCCCAACGACGGUUGUCUCAACUUCAUCGAGGAGAACGAUGAGGUUCUGGUGGCAGGAUUCGGACGUAAAGGUCACGCCGUUGGUGAUAUUCCCGGAGUUCGUUUUAAGGUGGUGAAGGUGGCCAACGUGUCCCUUCUGGCUCUGUACAAAGGCAAGAAGGAGAGACCAAGGUCAUAGACUGCUCACAGAAAAUUAAAUAAACACAUUUUCAAUUA